AGUCAAACCAAAAUAGCUAAUCCAUAAAGAUACAUUCUCUGUAGGUCGGAAGCUCUUGUUUCGUUGGCGUCAAUGUCGUCCCCUAAGAAUAAGAAGAAGAGGAAUAAGCCGUUGCUUAAUCCAUCGACUUUGUUUCCGCUAACGACCGCAAACUUGUCACUUCCUGAUGAUUUGCUAUUGAGCUGCAUCGCACGGCUCUCUAGAUUGUACUACCCGACUCUCUCCCUCGUUAGCAAAAGCUACCGAUCUCUCCUUGCUUCUCCGGAGCUUUACAAAACCCGUUCCCUUUUAAACCGCACAGAGAGCUGUCUCUAUGUUUGCUUACGUUUCUCUCCUGACUGUAACCCUAGAUGGUUUACUCUCAGCCGGAGACCUAAUCGAACCCUAGGUAGGAAUAAUAAGUUUAGUAACUAUCUUUUGGUUCCAGUCACAUCUCCCCAUGCUACGUCUGUUCGGUCGAGUUUAGUCGCUGUUGGUUCUGAUAUCUACGAGAUAGGCGGACUCAUCAACGGCGUGCCUUCCUCUAGCGUCUCGGUUCUUGACUGCCGGUCCAACUUGUGGCACCAGGCUCCGAACAUGAAGGUGGGCAGGACGUUUCCAUCAGCAGAAGUCAUUGAUGGAAAGAUACUUGUUAAAGGAGGUCUUGAGCUUAAAGACGUGAAUUCAGCCAAGUGGGUAGAGGUUUUCAAUCCAAAUACUCGAACUUGGACGACUGUGUCAUUUACAUGUGGAUCUAAAGAAUGGCAGUCACAGUAUGAUAAUGGAAUGGCAUCGCAUUCAUCUUCUUUUUGCCUGGUCGAUGACGUGUCUUAUUCAUUUGACCACGGAAAGUUAAAAUGGUUUGAUGCUAAGGUAGGAGAUUGGAGAUUCAUAACGGGGUUGGAAGGUCUGCCUAAGUUUCUUUUAGGUUGUAGGACUUCUUGGCAUGUUCACUUGGCGGAUUAUGGUGGAAAGAUGGUGAUUUUAUGGGAUAGACAUGAUCGUUCUAGCAAUUGUCAGGGAAGGACUAUUUGGUGUGCGGUGAUUUCCCUGGAAAGGUGUAGUAGUGAAGAGAUUUCGGGGACCCUCGAGUGGUCUGAUGCAGUGCUUAAAGUCCCCAAAUCUUUUGAGUUCGUGCAUGUUCUUGCUGUCACAGUUUGAUGGAAAGACAAUUGAGACGUGUUGAAUAAAUCAGAACAAUUUUCAGUCUUAUGCAUGACUGGUCUCUGUGUCUUUAGCUGUUUUUUUUUUACUUGUAAAACCUCUA